AUUUCUACCCAAGACCCAGCCAAAAUCAUAGCUACCCACUUGUCAAAUUGCUCAAAUUUAUCACAAUUGAAUCAAAUUCAUGCCCAUAUCAUUCGAACCCACAUGCUAGAAUUCAAUUCUGCUCCAUUUCACUGGAACAACAUUAUAAGAUCAUACACUAGGCUAGAAAAACCUUCCAAAGCACUGUGUAUAUUCAUUUCCAUGUCUCGUGCCGGUGUCAUGCCCGAUUCUUACACAUUGCCCAUUGUUUUGAAGGCUUUAUGCCGAGUUUUCGAUAUGGGUUUGGCUCGGCAAGUUCAUUCGGUUGCCAUAAAGCAUGGUUUGGAGGCUAAUGAGUUUUGUGAGAGUGGUUUCAUUAGUUUGUGCUGUAAAGCGGGCGAAUUUAAAAAUGCACGUAAAGUGUUUGAACAAAAUUGCGAAAGAAAGUUGGGUUCUUGGAAUGCCAUUAUAGGAGGGUUGUCACAAGGCGGUCGUGCUAAGGAAGCAAUUACCAUGUUCACGGAGCUAAAGAAAAGUGGGAUCGAGCCGGAUGAUGUGACCACGGUUAGUGUAACUUCGGCUUGUGGAAGCCUAGGAGACUUGAAUUUAGCUCUUCAGUUACAUAAAUGUGUAUUCCAAGCUAGGAGCUUUGAAAAAUCAGAUAUUUUGAUGUUGAAUUCACUCAUAGACAUGUAUGGUAAGUGUGGUCGGAUGGACUUGGCACACAGAGUAUUUUCAAGGAUGGAGCAACGAAAUGUUUCUUCGUGGACAUCCCUGAUUGUGGGUUAUGCAAUGCACGGCCAUGUCAAUGAUGCACUUGAGUGCUUUCAUCAAAUGAGAGAAGUUGGAGUGAGGCCUAACCAUGUGACUUUUGUCGGGGUCUUGAGUGCAUGUGUGCAUGGUGGGACAGUGCAAGCGGGAAAAUAUUAUUUCAAUAUGAUGAAGAAUGAGUAUGGUAUCAAGCCUCAGUUACCACAUUAUGGCUGCAUGGUGGAUUUGCUUGGAAGAGCUGGGUUGCUCGAGGAGGCUAGAGAGAUGGUGGAAGAUAUGCCAAUGAAAGCAAAUGUAGUAAUUUGGGGGUGUUUGAUGGGCGCUUGUGAGAAAUAUGGGCAUGUCGAGAUGGGUGAGUGGGUGGCAAAGCAUUUACACGAACUAGAACCUUGGAAUGAUGGGGUGUUUGUGGUUCUAUCCAAUAUAUAUGCAACUAAUGGUUUGUGGGAAGAAGUAGAGAGGGUGAGAGGCAUUAUGAAGGAGAGAAGACUUGCAAAAGUUCCUGCUUAUAGCUUGGCUACAAGUUCAACUUGAAUCAACAAGGUAUCUCCUACACACGACACAUGUUCUGGGCAGUGAUGUGUGGCUAACACGUCGGCAUAAGAGCUACACAUGUUAGCCUCUGAGGGAUACAUGUGCAGCCUGUGUACCAUGACCGUGAUACUAAAGCCCCUAAGCCAAGACGCAGGGCUUCAACACACUGAUGUGUGGUCGGCAUGCAUCAUGAGACCGGUGGUUGUUGUGACUUGGAGGCUAGAGACGGUGGUUAUGCUCAGCAUGGUGCCCUGUGGGACAUCACUGCCUUUGCAACUGCAUUCAAGAUUUUCACAUGCACACAUUCUUUGUGGUUGUGAGUGUGAUCCUCUUUUUUCUUUUUCCUUGUACUUCUAGUUUGAAGCACAAGGCUCACUUUUUUUCUUUAGUAUAUUUUUUUAGUAAACCCUAUUUCAUUUUAUUAGCUUUGAUUGUAGUCUUGGGUUAUAUCCUUCUUUGCAGAUAUGUAGCCUUGAAGGAUUUUGAGCUACCAUAAAUUCAGAAUACUUUGGAUUGAAACAAGGCAUUGUAACGCACAUUAUUCUGUUAUAAUCAUGAGAAGCCUGAGUUUUCAGAACACCCUUUCAAGAUAGCUUUCCAAAUCAAUGCACAUUAUUCUGUUACAAUGUCUUAUCUUGGGACAGCUUAUUUUCCUUUCCUUGAAGGUUGGAAGGCUGUAUUAUUCUCCAGUGUGAAAAAGCAAUAUUCUCUUCUAUGGAUGUCUGAAUUUUGUUUUUGUCUCUACCAUCUGACAGAAAAGUAAGGAAGUGUGGGUGAUGAUGGAGGAAGCAAUUUUAAAAGUUAAAAGCAAAAAAUAAAAAACCCGCUUCAUAGGUAUUAAGAAAUCUUGUAUCCGUGUAAGCAUACUAAAGUUUGAUGAAGUUUUAAAGUCCUAGAGGAACUCAAAGAGUAUGCCCUUGUGAAGAUAGUGUGUAUGCUUUGAUGAUUUACAAGUGGAGUGCAUAUUAAAGGCAAGGCCUUGCUUCAUUUUGUUCUGCCUUGGAAUUGAAAUGAAACUUAAUUGGAAAGCUUAAUCUCCAUGGUUUGUUCACUGUUUGGGCUAAGAAUAUCAACUGAUUUCAUGUUUUUGUCACAUUUAUUUAAAUUUUUAUUGGAUUUGAUUCAUGGAGCAAUUUAAUUUUUGCCAUACAAUCAAAUUUUCUCAUCUCUCAUACUUGCGACGUGUUGAAAA